AGAUUGAGGAUGUCAUUUCCAAAUCUACCUUUUUUUUCUUGAGCAUAAUGUUGCCAACGUUGCGGUGCACCGUUCAUAUAUGAACCUUUCCUUAUAUUUAUGGCUACACCCUUUUCCGCCCCCUCCUUCAUUCCAUUCAAAGCAUGGUUAAUCUGCCGUCAACAUAUGGUGCUGUUCUUCUCGGUGGAUUUAUUGCUUCUGUAUUAUCUGGGAUCAUAACAGCACAGACAUUUACUUACAUCAAACGAUACCCCGCUGAUACACGCGUCACGAAAUCGAUUGUUGCUCUGACUUGGUUAUUAGACUCCAUUCAUACCGUACUCGUGUGUACGGCAUCAUGGAUUUUUAUGAUACAGUGGUUCGGCGACGACGCCAAGACAGACUAUAUACCUGCUCCAUUAGCAAUAUCCGUUGCGUUGACGGCCUUCCUUACUUUGAUUGUGCACUGCUUCUUUGCGCAUCGAAUUCACAAGCUAACCCAUAAUGAUUGGCGGAUCAGUGUUCCUAUUGUUGUAUUUGCUUUCUUGCGAUUGGUUGCUGCAUUAGUCUCCACCGUUGAGAUGAUCGAGCUGAAGACCAUGACUGCAUUUAGACACAAUGUCGAAUGGGUGUUUACUGUGGGCCUCUCAUUAUCAUGUAUAGUGGACGUCCUCGUCGCUGUGGUUUUGUGUGUUACGUUGCGCAGUAAUCGCAGUGCAUAUUCGAAUAUGGACCGUAUAAUUAACUCCAUUAUCUUGUAUACAUUAGAGAAUAAUGCGCUCACGAGUGCGGCCACUAUUAUCUCGAUGAUAUGCUGGGUGACCAUGCACAACCUCGUUUUCCUCGGGGUCCAUUUUGUGCUUAGCAAACUCUAUGCCAACUCUUUGCUAGCAACCUUGAAUUCCCGUAAACAACUUCAAGAAGAACGUUCGCGUGGAGGGGUCCUUUCCAACGAGCUUCCGGUUGCUUUUCCCGGCCGGUAUCAGUCCAAGUACAACAGACGCUUGGAUCCUGAAAACAAGCUGGAAAUCAAUGUAGAACAGACCAUUGAGUAUGAAGCAGUCGACGGCUUUGCGAAACGAAGUCCGCAUAUCCCUUCGGAUACAAGUUCACCCACGAACGAUGAUCCGAACAUUGCAUGCACUGCAGUUUAGUUGUAUCUUUUCCUCGCUUCCUCUUCCUUCGCGCGAGAUCUUGUUAUUGUGAUCUUGAGCUUUUGUAAUCUUUUCUCCUGUCUAAUCUUCUGUCGCAAAUGCGUCCGUCCACACGACAUGUACACGUCUCCUCUGUGUUUUUGCGUCUUUCAGUAGUUAUUUCCCUUCGUAAUACUGAUAGGUUAUCUCGUCUCGGUCCUUCAGCCGAAGACUGAGGCGAACACUGUCAGUAGUUUUUAGUACCACCUUAUACCAGUUGCGGAGUUGUGCCUUGUAUUGGGUAGCAUAACGCUUGUAAUCGUCAAUGAAUUCAUGAUUGGAUUGUUCUUUGUAGUCCGAGCUCACUCUGCGGCAAGAGUUUUUUUUAAUUUUU